AUGGGUGAUCAGAUAAGUGAAGUUGAAGAACUGGAACGCAUAUUUGCUGAUACAAGAGCAGAGCCAAUCAAGAUAUCCUAUGCUGCUAUUAAAUAUGUUACAAAGAAUUUCGCGGAAGUGAUAGGUCGUGGUGGAUUUGGGGUGGUUUACCUGGGAGGUCUUCGAAACGGGAUGGUUGCUGUGAAGAAACUUUUCGCAACGAUGGAUCUUUCUGAACUUUUCGCAACGAUGGAACUUUCUCAUAAGCAAUUUUUGGAUGAAGUUAUCUCCCUAGCGAAGCUAAACCACAAAAAUGUUGUAAGAUUUCUAGCAUACUGUGUAGAGACAACACUUGAAGUCAGGGAAGCAGAAGGAAAACUUGCGGAUAUUGAGGUGCAGCAAAGGUUUCUCUGCUUUGAGUAUGCACCUAAUGGAAACCUUCACCAUUAUCUUCAAGGUAAAAAGUUUGCUACAUGA